AUGUCAGUUACACAGUGGAGCCAUCAACAACACUCCAGUGACCAGUCUAUUUUGUUGGCUAUAAGGGAGAGGAAAACAAUGCCGGGCCAACAACAGGAACGCAUCAGGCUGUCUUCGAUGGGCGGGGAGUCGACCUGCAGCAACAGUAGCAGCGGGGGCAGCGGCAGCGGCAGUACGACAAUGAAAAUUCGGAGACGAGUGGUGAUGAUGGGCGCAGCCAGGGUGGGCAAGACGUCCAUCAUCAAGCAGUUCCUGUACGACCAGUUCCCCGAUCGAUACAAGGAGACCAUCGAGGAAUUGCACAGAGGAGACUAUGAGUUACCCGAUGGAGCACGGUUGACAUUAGACAUUUUGGACACAUCAGGAGCUUAUCAGUUUCCAGCCAUGCGAGAGUUGUCUAUAUCAACUGCUGAUGCAUUUCUUUUAGUCUUUUGUGUAGACAGGGAAGACACGUGGGAUCAAGUUAAACAUUUUAAAGAACAAAUAAUUGAAAGGAGAGGACCAAAAAUUCCAAUAGUCAUCGUAGGCAACAAGUGUGAACUCACUGAACGAUUUUUACCUGUGGAAAUAACCGAAGCGAUAUCAAAAUACGAUUGGGAAUGUGGCUACAUGGAAUGCUCAGCUAAAGAAAAUAGAAACAUAGUGCAGGUGUUUAAGGAACUCUUAGCUCAGGCAAAGGUUCAAUAUAAUUUGAGUCCGGCUGUACGGCGCAGACGUAUGUCUCUACCAAAUUACGUGGAUAACCGUUCAGGAUCGACCAAAGGACGUUACAUGCUCAAAAGAAAUUCCUGCACGGUGGCCUAAUUCGGAAGAUAAUGCAUUAUAAUAAAAAACAAUAAUAAUAAUAAUCUUAUUUUGAUUAUUUUAGACGCUGGUGUGAACAAGAAAUAAGUAAAAUAAUUUAUUUUGUUCUUAUAAACGAUUUGCAUAAUAUCAAAUGGAUACUCGAGGCCCAAAAAUGUUUUGAGACCUAAUAUGACAUAAUAUUAUAAUGUCGUGUAAAAUCAGCUUUAAAAAGUUCUAUAGCUUUACAAUAUAUAAAUGAUUUUUAUGCAAUGGUCAUAAAUUAUAUAAGUUUAAUGUGCUAUUUUAAAAUACAAAAUUGUAUAAUAAAUCGCAGUUGGUCGCAUUUAAACGACUUAAAAAUCAUACUUAAUUUUUAUUUUCGCUUACAACAAACAGUGCUAAGUGUUAACAAAUAUAUAAUACCUAUUUAUCAUAUGUAUAAUAUCUAACUAUUGAAAAAAAAAUGAAGUUUAUAUAUAGUAAUAUUAUUGUAUUAUGAAACCAAGUCGGCACGAUGCCAGUCCAUUAUCAAGCCACAGUACUACUAAACGCAUACACAAACAAUACAUUUCAUUGAGUAACGAUACGAAAACAAUAAACAUAUACAUGCGAGACCAUGUGCAAACUCUGGAAACUUUUACAAUAAAAUGUAAACCGCACAAUCUCAAACGUAAAUAACGUGGAACGGAGUGAACGAUUAAAAUAUGAAGGGGGAACAGUCUUAAGCAUUACCUCACCGAUAAUGCACUACACAGUAAUAUUAACACUUAUAAUAUCGUUGAGGCGUGUACUGUAAUAUUAAUAUAAAAACAUGCAAAAAUGAAAUAAUCUAUCCGAUUGAUUUUUAAUAUUUAUAUUGAAACCUGCGCCGAGUCGUCGGGCGGCUCAUUUGCCGGUCGUCAUUAUCACUAUCGGAUAUCGCUAUACACUCGCAAUGUUCGACCAAUAAUAUUGUGAUACGAGUUGGCGCACGCGUGUUUAAAAAUUCGUUUCUUCGUUUAGGAUUAGUUGGGUAUUAGUUCGUGCUCAGUAGAUCAAAGAUAGGUUCAAUCUUUACUAUCUCUUACUGUCUUUACUUUAUCUCUACUUAAAUGUUUUUGUUUUGUAUCCAACUAUAAAAGUCACACUGUAGAAAUCAUUUGAUAUUAAUUUGUAUUUCUUGUUGAAAAAAAAUAAGUCUAUACAAUAUUUAUUAUUGAACUAAUACGACAAAAUAAAUUAGGUUGUUAUAAAAUGGAAUCUAUUGAACUUUGAUACUUUUUUAGUUUAUAUUAUUAUUGUCUAGGUGUAUGAAUGGUAACAUUUUUAAAUUUGCCUAGUCACCCUUAUUUCUAGUGAAUUUUCAAUCAUUAUUGUUACUAUCAGUAAGACUAUAGAAUUGUAUAGGCAUUGCUAAUUUUUUUUUUAUUCAUCCAUUUAUAAAUAUGGUUAGUGAUGAAUAAUGACUUGAACUUAUAGUACUAUCUUAAAAUAUGAACUUGUGCACUUCAAAUAUUAUCCUCUAAAAUAAAUGUAUUUUACAUUAUAAAUUGUACAAAAAAAAUUUAAAAAUUUUAUAAAUUAUAUUUGUUUAAAAUAAAAAUUCAAAUACAAACAAUUAUGGGUACGUUGAGAGAGUUAAUAAAAUAAAAACUUGAACAAUUAAUUUCUCCCUUCGUCAUUUACUUGUCGUAAUACACUUGACGAAUAUCAUACUACGAUAGGUUAUCUCCUGACAAAUUAUGACUGACAACUAAGAUUAAUUUCUUACAUGCU